UAAAAAAGAAGAACAGCCACAUGGUUAGAAGCUUCGCGGGAACGAGCUAUAAUAAACAAAUCUAGCAGACUGUCAGAAUUUGAUAGCCAAACCCAACAUUUUGGUUUGUGUUUCAAUUGGUUGUUUAAACAACUGAAUGCAUAUUGUAACUGCAGCAGACUGGCAUCGGCUAAAAUAAGGUUCAUAUUUAUUUUCAAGGGGUUUUCUGAUUUGCUAAUGCUGUGAAGUAGUAUAUACUAGUACGAGGUCGAGCUUAUAGGCUACUAUAGCUAGCACAAAAGCCCUUUACGGGCAAAUUGGCUCGUAACUAGCUAUCAAUUUGUAAGCAUUUUACAGAGGCUGUAACUUCAACUGAGUUUUUUCGAGGCAUUAUACAGUACACUGAAACACGAUGGCAGAGAGACCCGAAGACCUAAAUCUUCCCAACGCCGUCAUUACCCGCAUUAUCAAGGAAGCGCUUCCAGACGGAGUAAAUGUGUCUAAAGAAGCCAGACGAGCCAUCUCUCAAGCUGCUAGUGUGUUCGUCCUGUAUGCGACAUCAUGUGCAAACAAUUUUGCUAUGAAAGCAAAGAGGAAAACUCUAAAUGCGGGGGACGUAAUGGCAGCAAUGGAGGAGAUGGAGUUUGAACGCUUUUUACAGCCUCUGCGUGAAGCUUUGGAGGCUCACAAGAAGGGUCUGAAGGGAAAGAAAGAAGCAUCAGAACAGAAGCGCAAAGACAAGGAGAAAAAGACUGACACGGAGGAGCAUGACAAGAGUAGGGAAGAGGAGGAUGAUGAAGAGCACAUGGAUGAAGAGCAGGAAGCUGAGAAUGAAGCAGAAGAAGUUGAAAACUGAAGACUGGCAACCAGCAGUGAUGAAGUAUUGGUUGAAAUAAUUUAAGUGCACAUUUUCUGUAUACCCUAGUUUUCCAUAAAUACCAGAUGUCUGUAACUCCGUAAACUAUUGCUACAGCCAAUGAGACGACUUAUUAGGCAAGGGACAGAACCUGUACCACUAACGGGAUGGGCUUAAGUCCCUACAAAAGUUUAUGUAGGCAAGGACAAUUGGGUCAUGUGUCUGACUUGUUUAAGUUUAACCUGUCCAAAUCUAUAUUUUUCAUUUAAGUGGUACAAAUGUAAGUUUUGGAAAAUGGUUGCCAAAAAAUGGGUUUACCAAUGUUUCUCAGAAGGCUCAUUUGGAAAUACUCAGUUCAGGGAAAAUGGUUAAACUGACCUUAUGGACCAUCUGGUCAAACCAAAGGCUUCAAGUUUUGGACAAUUAACUUUGCCACAGGGCUUAGUUGACUUUUUGAUGUACAUACCAAUUUGAAAUACAUUUGUACUUGUAGCAUAUAAUAUGCAAUUCAUUUUUCAAUAAAAAUGUUAAUUAA